UUUUUCCCCGCAGAGUUUCAUUUGAUAUCUUCAUUCGCAAAUUGUUCUCUCUUCGCGCGUUUCCUCAUUUCCCAUUUGGAGAUUGUAAAGAGCAUAAGGCAUCUGAUCCCCACGGCACCCAAAUUUGCAAUGGAAUAUUUACAAAAUGAAAAGGACUGACAAAGAAAAGGUAAAAACAGUAUCCACACUGCCUGGGUUGUCGCGAGAAAAUGUUCAAUUCUUUGCCUCCCAUUAAACUGAAGAAUUUGAAUCUUUAGAGCUAACUUUCAAGUUAGUACACUUUCUAAUGAUUCGAGAAGAAAACUUUGAGCUUGAUUGAGUUUUAAUCCUGUCAGAAUUGAACUGCGAAACACAGUUUAACGCUACAACGCUGCUCAAUUUUGUGACUCGAAGCUUCCCAGCCCAUGUUUGGUUUCAAUAUGUUGCAUCGCAUAAACCGUUCUGGUCGGAGAUUUGGGUAACUUUUUAAUUUGUAAUUGGAAUUUUGGCGGGUUGAACUUAUCUGGAUUAAGGUAGGACUUAGGAGGCAGAGUGAUGGAUUCCAUGGCGGGCAGUGGUCUGGCAUCACUGGGUUGUGUCAAGCUUACCGACCUAGUUCCUUCGGAAGGCUUGCCUUCUGAUGCCUAUAAAAGAUCUGUUUCAACUUUGUCACAAUCACUGGCUCAGUUUUCGGCUGCCAUCAUCCAGUUUCCGGCUAGUGAUGGGGCUCUUUUAAGAUCCGGUUUGGAAUCUGCUCGCCUUUACUUUCAUCAAAGAGAGUCAUAUCCACCUUCAGAUGUAAUCCAUACUAGUGAGUCUCGUGAGUGGUGCAAGACAUCUGGCUAUUAUGCAGACCCUCAUUUGUGGCAAGAGACCUAUGACUAUAGACCAGGGUUGACACCUCCAGAGCCAAACAACGCAAUUGAGUUCCCUCCCUCAGGUUUGCCAGACAUAUUUGCUAUAUUUGGAAGAGCAGCAAGGGUUAUUCUUGAUGCUGUUAGUUUCCAUUUGAAUUUGCGCAGCUCUCCAUUUACCGAAAUACUGGACAACGUUCCCCUUAGGAGUAGGGAGGUUUCAUCUUCAGUCUUGUCUGUAUGCUGUCAUGCAAGGCCAUCAUUUCAGGGGGCACAACACCACAACAUAACCACUCAAGAGGAUGGCCAAUUGGUAAUGUAUCCUGAUCACGAUCAUCAGGUUGAUAAAAGCUUGAUAUCUCUUGUUAAGUCGGACAAGGUAGGCUUAUAUGUAAGAGACUUUCAAGGUCGGUGGAUUCUUGUGGAUGGAGACCUGGGGCCUCAAGAUGCUGUUGUUUAUCCUGGGCUUGCUCUCUAUCAGGCAACUGCAGGUUAUGUGAAUCCUGCAGUUCGCAAAACUGAGGUCAAUAUGGAAGGAAAUAUAUUUGGGCGAUGUUCUUUAACAUUUAAACUCAUGCCUAAAUCUAUGGCCAGUCUUAAUUGUUCAGAGAUGAGGGCAGCAGGCCAUGGAGUUGAAUCACAGUUCCAGCUUCCUGUUCCUGUGGAUGACUUUAUGCAAAGAUCUCACUCAACUGAUCAUCUCCUUAACAGAAAUGGUUUCCAGUGCUUCAAUUUUCCACCAAACCAUGAUGGAUCUAUGAAAACAUUGAUGCGGAGGAGGAAGCAAAAUACAAAAAGUAAACCUCUACCUCCUUCCAAGAGAUUAAGGCUUGAGGCUCAGAGAGUAUUGAAAGAAAGGGUUCAGGAUAUUGCAGAUAAGAAAGGAAUCAAGCUGCGGUUCUGCAAUUUGAAAGAAUGUGAAAGUCACAUUCACACCAUGGAUAGCCCAUGUGCCAAUAUACGGAUGGAGAUAGGUUGGCCACCUGGAGUGCCAUUUGUCCAUCCCCAUGAUCUACCUAAUAAGGCAAAGCUUGGUUUUCUCGAAGCAUAUGAACCUGGUUGGACAUUAGCGCAUCAUAACCCGGACAGGAAUCAGUCUCCUUGAUUUCCCUCAUUUCGUCAACCAUUGAUCACAAUGUGAAGGUCUUGCGUGGCUGAUGCAAAGAAAGACAAAGCAUUUGCUGCGUUAAACUCAUAGACAUGUUACAGUUUUCGUACAAACUCACUUGCGGCGGAAUGUUAGAGGUCCUGAUCCAGUAUAAAGGAAGAGCAUAAUCAUCUGAACUUGAACGGCUAAGUAGUCGGCAAUCGUUCUGUCAAGUAUCUUGUACAGAUUAGAAGAGCAACGAGCUUUUGUCAUGCGACAUAUUGCCACAGCGGGAAAAUAAAAAACUGCAUGAAUCACAUACGUUCAUCUGAAGAAGCUUAGAAACUUUUAUCAGGUCUGCCUCAAGUUUGUAGUUUCCUGUCAUUCUUGAGUAAUCUGAAAGAAAGUAAUGAAUGCUCGUGUGUGUAUCAAAAUAUACAAUAACAAUCUGCUGAAAGCAUCAGUUCCAGCCUUCCCUCCUCGUGUAUUAUUUUGAAUUAAUAAUUAAUUUUGGCGUGAUGCUAUCUGAAGCUACAAUUUCACACGUUACUCUCGAUGCAUUGAAGAGCGUUGCUUCCGAGAAACAUGUCAUCUGGCCCGACGUGAGGAUUCUGCUACGGGCUUUUUCUAAUGUCUUACCCCCCGGGCAAAUGAAAAACCCUUUUACAAUCUUGUUCAUACCUCUCUAUGUCCCUCCUUUUUUGGUACAGUGUAACAUACUUUUGUUAUUAAUAUGAUUCUGACUAUCUAUUU